AUGGGGACAACAGGCACAAAAGAAGCAGAUGGUCCAGCGUUCACCUGGGAGGUGAAGGCCAACGACAGGACCUACAACAACCAGUUCAAGGAGAAGGCCUUCCUGUGUUGGCAGAGGAGGAAGUACAAGGGCAACAUCAUUCACACAGCCAAGUACAACUUCUUCUCCUUCUUGCCCUUGAACCUGUACGAGCAGUUCCACCGAAUAUCCAACUCCUACUUCCUUCUUAUCAUCAUUCUCCAGGGUGCCUUUCCUGAAAUCUCCACGAUGCCCUGGUUCACCCUCUUUGCCCCACUCGUCUGCCUCCUCCUCAUCCGGGCCAUACGAGACCUGGUGGAUGACAUCGGGCGACAUAAGAGUGACAGCACCAUCAACAACAGGCCCUGCGAGAUGCUGGUGGGGGAGAGGUUUCUGCAUAAAAAGUGGAAGGACCUGCAUGUGGGGGACCUGGUCCGUCUGCAUGACACAAACAUUGUCCCGGCCGAUAUGGUCUUGCUGUCCAGCACGGAGCCCAGCAGCUUGUGUUAUGUGGAAACAGCUGACAUCGACGGGGAGACCAACUUGAAGUAUAAGCAGGCCCUGUUAGUCACGCAUCAUGAGCUGACCACUCUAAAGAGUAUGGCUUCCUUCCAAGGCAAGGUGGUGUGUGAGGAACCCAACAGUCGGAUGCACUACUUUACUGGGCACCUGGAAUGGGAGGGCAAGAAAUACUCCCUGGACAGUGGCAACAUUCUUUUACGUGGCUGCAAGAUUCGAAACACAGACACCUGCUAUGGAAUGGUCAUCUAUGCUGGUUUUGACACAAAGAUCAUGAGGAACUGUGGCAAGAUCCAUCUGAAGAGGACCAAGAUAGACCGUCUGAUGAACAAGCUGGUAAUCAUGAUUUGCAUAUUCGUGGUGCUGAUCUCUAUGGCCUUGACCUUGGGCUUCUGGAGCAAGGUGACAGAAUUCAAGACAAAGCACUAUUAUAUGCUUAGGAUGCACAUGCAUAGUCUGACCACCGAGUCUAUCUUCAUACUCGUGAGCUUCGUCAUUCUGCUCAGUGUCAUGAUGCCCAUGGCCAUGUUCAUCACAGCUGAAUUCAUCUACCUGGGGAACAGUAUCUUCAUUGACUGGGACGUGGAGAUGUACUAUGCUCCCCAGGACUUGCCUGCCAAAGCCCGUAGCACCAGUCUCAAUGUCCAGCUGGGCCAGGUGGGGUACAUCUUCUCGGACAAGACUGGCACGCUCACACAGAACAUCAUGACCUUCAAGAAGUGCUGCAUCAAUGGCAUUGUCUACAGCCCAGAAGAGGAGAAUAUAUGUGAGGAGAACCCCUCCCUCUGCAAUUCAUUUGCCGAUCAGAAGCUGCUGUUCAGAAACUCGAAGCUCCUGAGUAUUGUGCACGCCAACAAGGACAACGUGGUGCGGGAGUUCUGGCGUCUCCUGGCCAUCUGCCACACAGUGAUGGUGGAGGAGAAAGACAAUCAGCUACUCUACCAGGCAGCAUCCCCUGAUGAGGAGGCACUGGUCACAGCGGCCCGGAAUUAUGGCUAUGUGUUCCUGGCACGCACCCAGGACAGCAUCACGGUGAAGGAGCUGGGGGAGCAGCGGGUAUACCAGGUCCUGGCCUUGAUGGACUUCAAUAGCAUCCGAAAGCGGAUGUCCGUUCUGGUCCGAAACCCCGAGGGCUCCAUCUACCUCUACACCAAAGGCGCAGACACUGUCCUUUUUGAACGCCUGCAUAAGAAAGACAUGUAUAGGAAAAAGCAGAUCGUGAAAGCAGCUACAGAAGAGGCCUUAACUUCCUUUGCUGAGGAGACCCUGCGCACACUGUGCCUGGCCUACAAAAAGGUGGAAGAGGACCAGUACAAAGAGUGGAACCAGCGGCACCAGGAAGCCAAGAUCCUUCUUGAGAACCGAGCCCAAGCCCUCCACCAGGUGUACGAGGAGAUAGAGCAGGACCUCCAGCUGCUGGGAAUCACAGCCAUUGAAGACAGGCUUCAGGAUGGUGUUCCUGAAACUAUCCAGUGUCUCAAGAAAGGGAACAUCAAAAUAUGGGUACUCACAGGGGACAAGCAAGAGACGGCGGUGAACAUUGGCUAUGCUUGCCAGCUGCUGUCUGAGGACAUGCACAUUCUGGAUGAGGAGCAGAUAAUUGCAAUCCUUGGAGCCUACCAGGAGACCAAGAACAACCUGCCUCAGGUCGAGAUGGCUGCCAUGAUCGUUAGUGGAGAAUUUCUGGACCAGCUGAUGAAGAGUGUAGCAGCGCCGGUGCUGCAGAAUAAGGACUCCAACACCCCCCAGAGUCCGGAGGUGUGGCGGGAACGGACCUUCGUGGAACUGGCCUGUAGGUGCAAAGCAGUCAUCUGCUGCCGGGUGACACCCAAGCAGAAGGCUUUGAUUGUGGCACUGGUCAAGAAAUACAAGAAUGCGGUGACCCUGGCCAUCGGGGAUGGUGCCAACGAUGUCAACAUGAUCAAGACUGCGGACAUCGGUGUAGGGCUGGCGGGCCAGGAGGGCAUGCAGGCGGUGCAGAACAGUGACUACAUGCUGGCCCAGUUCCGCUUCCUGAGGCGACUGCUGCUGGUGCACGGGCGCUGGUCCUACAUGCGAGUGUGCAAGUUCCUACGCUACUUCAUUUACAAGACGCUGGCCAUCAUGAUGGUUCAGAUCUGGUUCGCUUUCUACAGUGGCUUCACUUCUCAGCCUCUUUAUGAAGGCUGGUUCCUGGCGCUCUUCAACCUGCUGUACACCACCCUCCCGGUUCUGUACAUCGGACUGUUUGAACAGGAUGUGAGUGAUGAGCAGAGCCUGGAGCUGCCUGAGCUGUACAUUGCUGGCCAGAAGGAUGAGCUCUUCAACUACUGGGUCUUCUUCCAAGCCAUUAUCCAUGGCACAGGAACCUCCCUGGUCAACUUCUUCAUGACCCUGUGGAUCAGCCAUGACAUUAUUGGGCCCAUCAGUGACUAUCAGUCUUUUUCCACUGUCAUGUCCCUGUCGGGCCUGCUAUCAGUCACCAUGGAGGUCAUCCUCAUCAUCAAGUACUGGACAAUCCUGAGCGUGCUGGCCAUUUUCUUCAGCCUCUGCUUCUACAUAGUCAUAACUAGGGCCAGCCAGAGCGUCUGGCUCUUCACAGUCUCCCCCACAACCUUCCCUUUUAUGUCUGUUGAACAAAACGUGAUAUCUCACCCCUACGUCCUGCUGGUGAUCAUGCUGAAUGUGUCACUAAACACCCUGCCUGUACUGGCCUUCCGUGUCAUUUACCAAGCCCUCAAGCAGCUACGUCUCAAGGAAGAGAAGGAGGAGGAGAAAGCAGAAGAGGUGGGAGAGGUCCCAAUUGAGGAGAUGGCUGAGGUGCCACGGGCCCGUCGCUCAAGCUAUGCCUUCUCCCACCAAGAAGGCUAUGCAGACCUCAUCACACAGGGCACAAUUAUGCGCAGGUCACUAGGGUUCAGCAAAUACUCUGAUGAUGAUCGUUCCUCAAGCAUAGAUUUCGUCUGAUGAAUUUUUUCAUGAGCAUUAAGUCACCCUGGUACCAGUAGAAGAUGUCAUUCCUGGGGGAGAAUAGGUUCUAGCACUGGAGGGGGAAGGUGUCCUCUGAGGAUAUCAUCUUUGUGAUGAGCUCCUCCUUGAUUGUGGAAGGGCAGUCCU